AUGGAUAAAGUAAGAGAGAAAUCGCCUUCAGAAAUCAUACUUGAAAGGAAAUUAAUGGCGCCUUAUAAAGAAAAGUUUGAUGAAGAAACACCUAUUUCGAAAUUCGAGACUUUUAGAGAAAAAGCAAAAGAAAUGAUCAAUUUCCAUUUAAAUGAAGAUAAUGGAUCAAGAAGAAUGAUAAAUCAUGAGGAAAUUGAUAAAAUGAAAAAAAGCAUGUUUAAGGAGGAAAAUACGUCCCCGAAACUUUCAGCAAACUUUAAAAAGAGAAUGAAUGCGAAAAAAUUGGUUUUAUUCAAUUUUGUUGAUGUUUUGUAAAUAUACAAAUAUAUAUAUGCAAAUUUAGGUUUUUGAAAAAAUUUUAGCUACAAAAAAUUUAAAGAAAAAUGAGAUAUGAGCGAUCUUUAUAAAACUGAAAUUUCAACCCAGGCAGAGUUUCUGAAAAUUAAAGAACUAAUGAUAAAGCAAAAUAGCUCUCUAGAAAAUACAAUAGAAAAUAUUAGAAAAAUCAAAAAACCUUUAAAUUCAAUUAGAGGAUCAAAUAAUAAAGAUUAUUUAAACGAGCAAGUAAGUGAAAUUGAAGGAGUUUCGACGAAUCUUUUAAUAGGAAUAGAAGGAAUUGUGCUCGCAUUCCAUGAAGUUUUGAGAUUGAUAGAGCAGCUUGGCAAAAUUUAUACGUUAGAAAAAAAUGAGCUUACUCCCUUUGAAUUCUAAUCGAAAGUCUGUUCCAAUCUAAAGAGUGAGUAAUUUUUUUGAGAAAAAUUUAUAAAAAUCAUCAAUUUAAUGUCUACCAUAUAACAAGCUUAUGGUAUGUUUUAAUAUUUGCAACAUUAUUGGGCUAUAGCUAUUUGCAUUAUUUAAGCUAUACAAAUUAAAAUUUUGUUCAAAUUUAAAUUGGAAUUAAUUUAAAACAUUUCGUUUUUAUUCUUAUUUAAUGGGGAAAAUUAAAAGUGUAAUGCAAGAAGAAAAGGAAGCAGCUUUAUCUAAAGCUAAAGAAAAAUACGAAAAUCAACUAAAAGCUUUAACUGAGCACAACAAAGAGCUAUCUUUAAGUACUAAAGGCAAAAUUUCUGAAGAAGAGCAUAAAGAUAAAAUUCUUGAACUUGAAGCAAAAAUAAAAUCUGUAGCUGAAGCUUGCAAUGAAAAUAUUGAAAAUUCUAACUCAAUGAUAAAUCGUGAUUAAUUUUCUUUUUUUUCCAAAAACUGAAUUUUUACUUAUAAAUAUUUGAAGAUAUAUCAAAUUAAAAAAAUUUAAUUAUGGGUGGGUAAGCGGAAAUCAGCAGAAAUUAAUAAACUUCAAAGCACAAUAAUUAAGCAAAAUGAAGAAAUCGAUCAUCUUCAUUCUGACAUAAAAAACUUCCAAGCAAUUAUAAAAUCUCAAGAAUCCAUAGAUUCUUCUCAAACAGCCAACUUAAAAGCAGAAAUAAGCUACUUAAAUGACAUGCUUUCUCAGUCUCAAAAACAAUUAGAAUCUUCUAGGAAAAGCGAUAAUGGAAAGCUUUCUAAAUUAGAAUUAACAAGAGAAAGAGAAGUUGAAAGACUUAAAUCCGACAUCAUAAUGCUACAAAGCCAAUUAGAAGAGUCAGUAAAUCAUAUGAGAAAAACUGAUGAUUUAGGAAGAGCUGAAAAUAAAGAUUUGCAAAGAGAAAUCAAAAAAUUAUCAGAUGAAAAUAAAAACAUAAAAAAAAGAUAUAGAGAAGAAGUAGAAAGUCUUCAAAGGGAAUUGCAAGAGAAAGAUAGGCUGCUUCAUUUAGAUAGAGAAAAAUUAAUAAAUGAAAUUGAUGUAAGAGAAGAAUGAAAGCGGCUUCAUUUAGAAUUGGAAGAAAAAGAUAGACAGCUGUAUUCAGAAAGAGAGAGACUAAUGGCAGAAAUUGAUAAAAAAGAAGAAAUAAAAAAUAAGCAGAAAAUUGAAUGAGCAGAAAUUUGUGAUAAUUUAAGUCUAGAAAUUAAACAACUUAAAGAGAAGCUAUAUGAGUCUUGUGAAAAUAACCGAAGACUUCUGGAGGAAUUAGAUAGAAGCAGAGCAAAUAAAAUGCAAGGAGAAAUCAGCUUUAAGACACAAAAAGAAGGGUUUCGAGAUAAAUUAAAGGACAAAACAUUGGAAGUGAAAAAAUUUUGGGAGAUCGUUCAAGAGCUGCAGCAAAUAUGCAUUACAAAAGGAAAAAUUGACUAUAAUGAUAUUAGGUCACUGAUGAAUAUCAAAGGGCUAGUCAAACGAGCCAAAAAAGGCCAAAAAUCAAUCUAA